AUGCAAAAUGUGCCCGGGCAGCCAUCAGAUGCUCGCUUGUUUAUUGGUACUAUUACGGGUAACAUAUUCGGAUUGUCAGCUAAUACUCUCGAAUUUUCUGAAGUCGUACUGUUUGAAGAAAAGAUCAUCAAAAGGGUCGAUGCGCUGGAUCAAGGAAGAUCAGCGGAUCAGAUUGCUAUAAAUCCAAAUAAUUCAGGCGAGCUUUUGAUUGCAUUCCGAUGCCGUAUCAUUGUUCAUUAUAGCUUGCGAACAAAUGAAGUACUGCGCCACUGGACUGUGCAACAGACAAUUACGGUACGCUACAAUAAUAACUUUAGCACUUUGUUUGUGUGCUUCUUAUGCGUUUUUUGCAGCCAAAAUGGGCGCCCUUACCCGCUGGGUAUCUACUUACGGGCCCGCCAAAGCUUUUGGCAGGGAGUCUGCUAA